AUGUCGUUGCGCGAAGAGUGGACGGGCCCCGGCGGCAAGGACCUAGUGGUGGUGGCAGCGCGUGAGGCGCUGGCGGUGCCCAGCCGCGCCGUGCUGCCGGAGCCGGCGCCGGCGCCCGGCCUCAUCAACGCCGACGGCUCCAUUAACUGGGGCUGCCCGUGUCUCGGCGGUAUGGCUACUGGGCCCUGUGGCACCCAGUUCCGCGACGCCUUCUCCUGUUUCCACUACAGUGAAACGGAACCGAAGGGCAGCGACUGCUACGAGAAGUUCAGCGUGAUGCAGGAGUGCAUGGCGCAGUACCCCGAAUUGUACGGCAAGGACGAGGACGAUGACGAGGCUGAGGCCGAAGCCGGCGCCGAGCUGGCAACGAGUGCGGCGAGCGCUCCGGCCGACGCCGAGGCUCAGCGCACCGCUGCUACUGAAGCAGACAACUAG